AUGAAGACGACGGGGCGCCUCCCGACACCCACCGCGUCGGAGAGAAGCCGCCCCAGCAGGUCGGCGGCGCAGCUCUCCAGUCGCUGCUGCUCGCCCUCGCCGGACGACGACUGGGGUGGCUGUGCGUGGCGGCGGCGCGUCGUCAGCUGCUGCUGCGGCUGCGGCUGCGGCGGCCUGGGUGCCUUGCAGCGCCUCCGCCACCCAGCGCCGAAUGGAGCUGGCGACCCACUCGCCCUCGCGCUGCACCACUUCCUCCACCUCGCUGGCCUUCGUUUUUUCUGUGGACGACCAGCGCCACAGGGCGUGCGUGUAGCCGGCGGAGAGAAUGCGGCAGCGCGGAAACUCCUGCGGGAGAAACGCCGCUGGCCACAGGAGGCCGUCCUCGUUCGUCCAGCACUUAAACUCGUCACUCCCCAGCCCGUGCAGCAGCACAAUGUCGAACUCGGCGUCCCCGGCGGGGCUGCAGUAGAGGAGAAACACUCUCUCCGCAAGGGCGGGGUAGGCGGCAGCAGGCACCUGCGAUGA